AUGGCAACAUCCAGUACUACCCACACUAGAUUCGACGAGAUCUACGAUCCUGUUGCAAUGCGCCAGGUCCGAGCGCGUCGCCACGAUGCUCUGUUCAAGUCUAUCACACUGCACGUUCACGAUACGGGAACGGAGAGACGCCGAAGUUCCAAAGGGGGGUCAAUACCUGCGAGUAUGAUGGGAUACCUCGACACGUUUCCUUGUCAUGACAAUCGGGUCUACCAGUUGGAGGAUCUUUGCUGGACCUCUGGUUCCGUUUCAUUCCUCGCUUGCGCUAGACUCCGCGAAUCUCCGUCCCCAGUACCAAGCAUCCUGAGGACGGUGCCAGCCUUUGAAACCCGGGCUAAGUACAAGGCAAUGAUCUCCCACUUGGAGAAGGACUACACGAACAAGGGAAUGCAGCCUCCCGUGCUCCGAAAGGUCACUCGCUCCGCGGCAGAAGGCGGCCAGAUCCACCGCGAGUCUAUCGCCUGGCCCAAGCUGCUGGACUGGAGCCGUCUGCCCGCUGCUAUGCUUCGAGCCAGGUACGACUACUGGACUAACGCCGUCUGCCUCAAGGGACUCCAGCAACUGAAGAGAGGCAUUCUCCACGCCAUCCUCCACCCCAGUCGCGUGGGGAUCUUAGAGCACCGUUCAGAGGGGCUGCUUGACUUUCAGGGGGGCGUUGACUGGGCGCAGGAACUCCACUUGUCGACGAAGACAAAGCGGUGUCGCAGACCACGCUCACCCGCGCCUUUUCAUACCCUUUCACCAAUGACAUGGAAGUUCGAGUGGACCGAGAUCCUCUCGGCCGCCCGAGCAUGCGCCCCGAGCGGAGGAAGAACAAAUUCUACGCCUACACAGUGCAGGGGAGCUACUUGCUAAUCGGCGCCGGAGAGGAGGGUAACCCCGACCACGGACUCAAGAACCCGUGGAUCGAGCCAGCGUUCGAUACCCAAGCCAAGUACAAGGCUAUGAUGAAGGACUUCAAAGACGAAGUCCAGGCGCGAGGAGGCCAAGUGCACGCAACCCGCAAGCUCACUCGCUCCUCGGACCCUGCAGGCCGAAUCCACCGCGAACGCAUCAGCUGGCCACGGCUGCUCGAUUGGAACCACAUCCCCUCUUGGAGCGUACCACUGCGGAAACCCGUAGCAGGGAAGUUCGAUCUCCUACUGAUACCAGAGUCUUGA